AUGGCGCCGAUAUUUCGCACAAGGCCAGAAAAGGACCAAACGUCUAACCAUGGAGCAGCACUCUCUGACAAUGAUUCGGAGGACAGCUGCUCCGUACCAGCAGGCAGCCUGGACGCUCCCCUCACCAUGAGAGAUAUGAGAGAGUUCAUGAGGGGGUUGAAAUCCUAUGUAGCAGAGGAACUACAGAAGCCCCUCCAACCUCUCCAUGAGAGCCUCACAGACCUCGCCAUGUGGACACAUAAGGUGGAAACCAAAAUGGAGGACACCCUCACAAUGGUAAAUACCCAUGACACAGCCAUCCAAGAGUUUAGAGAGCAAAUUAGGGGCUUGGAGGAGGCACAGAAGGACUAA